CUGUGGAAGCUGGGGCAGCAGUCCGAGCAAGGUGGUCUGUUAGAUGCUGGCUGGAAAUGGCCUCCCUGCUUUCAGGCCAUGAGGACAGCCCAUGGCAGAGCUGUUCUGUUCUCCCUUAAGAGUGUCAUCUGUGAAACUUUCACCCUGUUUGAAGAAAGUCCAUUCCUCGCUGCCGAAGAAUUAACAGGAUGCUGUCCAAUGAAUCCUUGCAUCCUCCCGCGUUCAGCCGCUCUAACUCACAAGCCUCCGUAGACAGCGCCUCCGCGGAGGAGUUCUGGCAGGAAAUUGAAAGCAUUAAAGAGAACAGCGUGGGAGCGCAGGAAGAGCGGCCGCCUGUUCCCACUGAGGUCAAGCCGUUGGAUGAGGGAGAACUUGAAGCAGAGUGGCUACAAGACGUAGGCUUGUCAACUCUGAUCUCCGGGGAUGAGGAGGAAGACGGCAAAGCGUUGCUGUCCACUUUGACGCGCACCCAGGCUGCGGCAGUGAAGAAGAGGUACAACACCUACACCCAAACCCUGAGGAAGAAGAACAAGCAGCCGGUCAGGGACGUCAGAGACAUCUUCGGAGUCAGCGAGUCUCCUCCAAAUGACUCUUGUGACAACCAUAGCCCUGGAUUGGAUGGCCCCGAGGAAGAAAAGGAGCUGGCAGAAGUUAUCAAAACAAAUGGUCCUCAGCCAGAUGGUGCUUCGCUCAGCAGUGCCACCCUGUCUGAUGUGUCCCAGGAUGAAGAAGGGAGUUUUGUAGACCUCAGGAGUGGCCCCAUGCAGUCUAUACUUGCAGCUAUUCCAGAUGCCCCAGUUCACACCAAUGGCUCUGCAGACGCUGGGCAGACUGUUCAGAGUACACUGUGUGACAAUGAUUAUCUGGAAAAGGACAUCCCUCCAGAGGCUGAGAAGCUGUCCUUUGACAUAUCUUACUCGGAAAUGGUGACAGAGGCUCCGAAAAGAAAACAACUGAAGAAGUCAGAUGUUAAGAAAGAAGAUCAUGUUUUAACGAAAUUUAUCGUUCAGAAAACCAGACUUGGAUUAACCGAGGCAGGAGACCUGUCUGCCGAAGACAUGAAGAAAAUCCGCCAUCUCUCUCUGAUUGAACUGACUGCCUUUUUUGAUGCCUUUGGAAUUCAACUGAAAAGAAACAAAACAGAGAGAGUAAAAGGACGAGAUAGCGGGAUUUUUGGAGUUCCGCUUGCAGUCCUCCUGGACAAUGACCGUAAGAAAGACCCUGCGGUGAAGGUUCCCCUUGUGUUACAAAAAUUUUUUGAGAAAGUUGAAGAAUCAGGUCUGGAAUCUGAAGGAAUUUUUCGACUUUCAGGAUGUACUGCCAAAGUCAAGCAAUACCGUGAAGAACUGGAUGCCAAGUUUAAUGCUGAUAAAUUUCGGUGGGACAAAAUGUGCCAUAGAGAAGCCGCUGUGAUGCUGAAAGCAUUCUUCAGAGAACUCCCGACCUCUCUUUUCCCUGUGGAAUAUAUACCUGCCUUCAUUACCCUCAUGGAAAGAGGAUAUCACAUCAAAGUGCAGUUUCAAGCCUUACACCUCAUGGUCAUGGCACUACCUGAUGCCAACAGAGACACAGCCCAGGCUCUGAUGACAUUCUUCAACAAAGUGAUUGCCAAUGAGUCAAAAAACCGCAUGAGCAUAUGGAACAUUUCCACUGUGAUGGCACCAAACCUGUUCUUCAGCAGAAGCAAGCACUCUGACUGUGAAGAACUGCGGCUAGCCAACACUGCAGCCCACAUCAUCCGCCUGAUGCUGAAGCACCAGAAAAUUCUAUGGAAGGUUCCAUCUUUCUUAAUCACACAAGUGAGAAGAAUGAAUGAAGCCACCAUGUUGUUGAAGAAACAGCUCCCAAGUAUGAAAAAACUUCUCAGGAGGAAAACCAUAGAGCGUGAGGUUACCAGCCCCAAGACCUCAAAGGUACUACAAAAAUCACCCUCUGCAAGAAGAAUGUCUGACGUUCCAGAAGGUGUCAUACGGGUCCAUGCUCCACUUUUCUCCAAGGUGUCCAUGGCUAUUCAGCUGACCAGUCAGACCAAAGCCAAAGAUAUACUGGCAAAAUUUCAGUAUGAAAACAGUCAUAGUUCAUCGGAAUGCAUUAAGAUGCAGAACCAAAGAUUAUAUGAAGUUGGGGGAAAUAUAGGACAACACUGCUUGGAUCCCGAUGCAUACAUAUUGGAUGUGUACCAUGUAAAUCCUCAUGCAGAAUGGGUGAUUAAGCCCCAGUCAAGUCUUUGAACUAUGCCCAAGAUGGCUACUACCUUGUAUUAUAUGCCAAGAAGACCCACCAUUUUCUGGGGGAAAACCUCACUGCUUUGACAUGUUCGCUCCUGUAAUCCCCUCCGUGGUUCUCUGGAGGAUGAGGUAGUCAGGUUGGACAGCAUGAAUUGUGAGAGAGGAGCGGGCUCACCAUUGGAGCUGAACUGUCUCACGAUACUUCCUUGAGAAGAAGAAAGAACGUGUGACCCUCCCAUAAGAAAGGCCAUUGUCAGAUUGUGGACCUCAAAUUAUUUCUACUAUUGUGACUUGCGGAAGCAAUGUACUUGGCCCCAUCUGGGGGUAUAGGCGACACUUGUAAAGUGAAACAUGCAUUAUUUAUGCUCCGAUUUACUCCAGAAUUGGAAGAGGAAGUUCCCUCUCAAGCAACUGUGCUGAUGCCCAUGUCACGCUGCAUGGUGACUUCUGGCAUCCUGGUGCAAAUGAACUUUUCUCUGCUGAACUUUUCUCUAUGAUUGAGUGUUGAGACUUGAUAUUGUGUAGCCUCUUGUCUGCGGGCACAGGUUCCCGUGGCGAAGCUGUUUGGCAGUGGGCAUUUUCUGCUUUGGUAGGUCAGCUUUCCCAUCAUGGUGCUCAACAAAUACCCUUUCUCAUGUCAGGCACUGAUUUCCCUUUCAAACCAAACAUAUCAUUUGUUGUUGUUUUUGUUGUCUUGUUUUUUUACAUUUUACAACUAUAGGCAAUCUUUUUUUUCAGCCUCUACUGAAAAUAUAGAACUGAGAAGACCAUUAGAUCCAAAUUUCACAUAAGCCACAAAAGCAGACUGUGCUUGUUUAUGAACCAGUCUGUAGAAAUAGACACAUGCUGUGGACUAUCUCUCUUUCAGUGUCUUGCAGAACUGUAUUCCACACCUCAUUCGCCCAGAGCACACAGUCCUUGUGUUUCUAAUUUAGAAAAAAUCUAGAAUUGUGCUGAGGGACUAUAAAGGUCUGCCUUUCAUUUGAGAUUGUGGUAAGUGUCCUUCUAGGGCUGGAAACAGGGACAAAGUCCUCAUUUGUCACAGACAUGUAUCUACAUGUAUCAGAGUCCUUAGACUGAAAUUUUGAUAGAUUUAUAUAAGUUUUAGUAACAGCUGAGAUCCAAAUGACUCUCACUUGCAAUUCAGACAAUGUUGAAUCAAAUGCAGGAAACAUUUAUUUAUAUAUCAAACCUCAAAAUACGUGAUAAUAUUUUAAGUGCGUACAUAGACGAAAUCUUUUAUAUGCUAUAUUAUGCCUUGGUACUCCAGCAAAAUAUAAUUUGUGUACCUCAGGCAGAUGAUUUUUAUUUCUGAUCUUUAAGAUUUUGUUAUACCCUUCUAGGAAACACAACAAUCUGUUGGCUUGAUUGAUCUGACAAUUUCUUUUUGUGGAAAACCCAUUAGAAUCUAAACAUGCAAUUCUUAAAUUUAUAUUUGUUCCAGCAUAUCAUCAACUUCAAGUAUGGAUAAUCAAAGGUGUGCAUGUUUACAUAAUGAAUUUGCAGAGUCUGAAAUAUCUUUUAUCAUUUUACAAGGCAGGCAGCAGGAGUAAACACUCCCUUAUAUAGCUUCCAGGUAAGACGUAAGAUGGGGGAAGGGAAGCCCACAUGCUGAAGAAGUUCCUUUGGACCUCUUGCACUUCUGUAAAUACGUGAAAACUGACAGGUCUUUCAGUGUUCCCUCUCAUUAGAAUAGCUAGAUUCUGUUGUUUCUAUAUAGAAAGUUCACACAGUUACUCAUUUUUUGUUUCCAUUUAUUUUGACUGAGGACACAGAAGAACUACUACAUAUUAGUCCUAACGGUUUUGAGAGUUAGUCCUGCUAAGUGCCAGUCUUCAGUAAGUGCCUGGUAAAGUACAGUGAGUCUUUGGAGUUCUUAUCCACUUUUAUGUGGCUUUAGAUGCAAAGACUUAGCCAAGUCCAUCUCUUCAAAUUAACCACUCCAGUUUUUUUUUAAGAAUGUGACAAAUUUCAAGUAUCUACACAGUGAGGAAGAGGAUGUUGAUAUCAAGGUCAUUGGAUUUAACUUUUAUUCUGAGUCACAAAAGAAUUUUGGUAGAUAUGCAGGCUAGUAUUUAUGUGGUUGGGGAGGGUUUUUAAAUUAAUCUUAUUUGUUUAAAGAAAAAAAAAAAGCAGAUCCUACAAUUACAUUCAAAAUUGCCUGUCACCUAAGUAUUGAAAGAACUUUUGCCGUACAGGGUUGUUUUUAAAAGUUCAGUAACCAACCUUUUAAACAGAAUAGUGUAUUUACACACAGAAGAAGCCUGGAUACCUGGCGUUGGAAGUACCGUUCCUCCUGUCUCACCCUCACCCCACCUCAAGUGCGCUUUGUACAUUGCUGGGAAAAUAGCAUCCUUCAGGAUAGUAUUAAAGGAAAUUGCCUUUUUUUUUAAGGAACACACAUUCAGGAAAAUUCCUAGAACUGGCUCAUUUUUCCUCCAUUCUUCAAAAGAAGAUCCCUUUGUUAAGCAGCUGGGCUUGGGAGAUGAUUCUUGGAGUCAGUGUUCGUUGACCAAGCUGGACGGUUGAUUCCUUACCAUGUGUAUACAGUACAAACUACCUCACUAGCCUUUCUUGGGGAAAAAAUAAUCUAAAGGACUUUAACCACUUUUUGUUGCAGACUGUCCCUGAGGUUUUAUUUAAGUCAUUGCAGUUAACUUUCAAUGUACAUUUUGAUCAUUUACAUUUAAUGAUAUGAAGUACUUUUAGAAAAGUUUUAAAAUACAAAUACUCUGGAAGUAUGAUCUCUGGUGUGCUGGGGGAGAACUCCUGUCUGUUCCUUAGUGAAUGUUUGACCAUAUGGAGAUACAGGCUGCUCUGGAGUGAGCAUUUGCAACUGCCAUCCAUGUAUUUCACCUGACUGAAAAGUAACAUGAGAUUAAUAUGUUCUUUCUUCUAGCAAGCAUAUUUCAACUCCUGUUCAUGUGUGUCUGACUUGCCUGAAAAAGAAUAUAUGUUAGGGUAUUAAACACUACCCUUGACAGACAUUUUUGAACUAUUUUACAUAAAUAUGUCACUUAAUAAAAAUAUUAUGACAUAUUAAACUGGAUUUUAUUUACAAGCAGUUCACAGUUUUACACAUACACACACACACACACCUAAUUUAAAACUAGUAUCCUUCAGCAUUUCCCAACGAUUCUCUAAAGUUAUAUAGUUUGGUUAAAAAAAAAUGUCACUAGAAAUGCCAAAGUUCUUGUAUAUUUCUCCCAGAAGUUAAAAUAUUGAGUCUUUUGUCCCAUCAGCUUUCAUUAAGUCAAAGUGUAUGCUGUAUUUUAUCCAUAAAAAUAAAGAGAAAAAUAGCAA